GAUUUUCAUAUUUUGGUUAAGAAUUGCGCCAGUAUUACAUGGUGGAAAAGUGUAUUAACAUGGUAUAAAAAAGUGUUUAUGAUUAGUCACUUUAGUUAUUUAAUUAUACAUGGUGCUUCUUCAAAUAAUUUUUGGACGAUGUUUAUUGGGCUGGAACAUCUCGGAAACAGAUGCGAUUGCAAACUGUCUAACGGUGCACAGUAAACAAUCGUUAUUGUAAGAAAAGAAAACUGUGCCUUAAAAUGGAGCCACAAAAGCAUACCCAAAUUACUUGGCGGGGUGGCAAGGCAACUCGAGCUUUUUUCACAACCAAAUUUCGAAAGUUAACAAAUUCAUUAUUAGCCUGUUCACAGAACUUUUGUGUAAGGCAGACAAACAAUUGCUACCCAGACAAUCAAGUUUUUAUUUUAGUUUAUUUACUUUUUUCGUCUGGGAAAAAAGCUCUUUUUACUUAUUGCCCUUCUGUCAAAAAUUUGUUUAUGUUUCCAAAAAGAAAAUUUGUUUAUAUUUUUUAAAAAUGAUUGCCUCCGUUGGUUUUGGACUUUCCCUUUUAAAUAAAAGUAUGAAUAGGGGUGACGGAAAUAUCAAUCUUUUUCGUCAAUUGCGCGAUGCCACAAACGUAUUGGAACUUCCAGAAGAAAGGAAAGUGUUUGGAUGGAUCCAGGACAGCGGAUGAAAUGGACCAUAACUUUUGUUUUUUGUUUCAGAUUUAUUGCCAAUUUUUGAGUAAGUAAGGAUGUGUUUUUGAUGCUGUUGGGUGAAAUGGAGCCACAAAUGAAACGGAAUACCAGGAGCAGCAGUGUUCCACCAAUCGUAAAAGUUUCAACAUUUUUAAAAUUUUUGGCAAGUGGUGGCUACCAAUUUUGUGUUGGAAAUGAGAGUAUAUGUCAAAGGCCAAAGUUUCGGAGGUGAUAAGCGAAUGCUUGAACAUUGUGGAGCAGCACAUAUGUGCUAAAUGGAUUCGUUUACAAAAAACAUUAGGUGAGGAAGACGAAUGUAAACAAAGCUUCUUCAACAGCGCUGGUGUACCAGGAGUUGUAGGAUGCAUAGACGGCUCCCAUGUUCGAAUAAAGUCCCCUGGGCAACAACAACAGCAUUUAUAUUAUAACCGUAAAGGUUACUACAGCAUAAAUGUAAUGGUGAUAUGCGAUCAUAAUAUGGUAAUAAAUUACGUAGAUGCUAGACAUCCAGGUGCACAUCACGAUGCAUUUGUGUGGGACCAGAGCGAUGCACAUGAUCAUUUUAAAAAUAAUUUUAUUCGAGGCAAGAGGAAUACAUGGCUGUUAGGGGACUCUGGAUACAAACUUCAGCCCUAUAUGAUGACGCCAUACCGGAAUCCUUCAAAUGCCACCGAAAGGAACUACAACAAGAAACAUUCAAAAACUCGAAAUGUUGUAGAACGGUGUUUUAGUGUUCUAAAGAAUAGGUUUAGGUGCAUCAUAGGAUCGAGAGGGUUGCAUUACAGUCCCGCCAAAGCAACACAAAUUAUAAACACGUGUUGUGCUUUGCACAAUAUAUGUAUAUUUUAUAAGAACCAUUUGUUACCAAGUGAUGCUAUGUUCCAAAAUGAAAAUGAAGAUUUAGGUAGUUUUUCCUCUGGCGAUGAAACGGCAGCUAUUACAAUUAGAGACGAAAUAGCUUUAAAUCUGUUAAAUUAAAUAGUUAAAAAUAAUUAAAUAAAUAAACAUAAAUAAUAAAAAUGUAA